AUGGUCGUGAAUGUUGGUGACCCGGUAUUGGCAUAUCAUGGUCUUCUAAUUUAUGAUGCCAAAGUACUUAAAAUUGACAAUGGACGAGGUGUAAAAGGUCAAUUAGAUGAUGAAGAAGAAGAAGGAGAGACGUCAUUCAGUACGCAAUAUUAUGUCCAUUAUCAAGGAUGGGCGAAAAAAUGGGACGAAUGGGUUCGUCAUGAUCGUGUUUUAGAAGAUACACCCGCAAAUCGAGCGCUUCAAUUAAAAGCAAAAGAAGACGUUGCUGAGGCGAAAAAAGCGACACGAUCGCGUAAAAAGAAGACGAGAAUAAGCACAUUGCGAGUCGACGCUUCGAGUGCAUUGAAAUCCCCGUUUAAACGGUUAAAACGAAGCAUUGAGAAUGAAUACGAGACCUUAACGGGACCUCAAGAACCUAAUUAUGAAGAUAAAGUACUGGGUAAGCAGAUUAAUCUUCACAUGCCUUUUUCACUCAAGAAACAAUUGGUACAGGACUGGAAAAAUGUGACCCAGACACCACCAAAACUUGUACCAUUGCCUCGAAAACCUAGUGUCAGUCAGAUUAUCAAGACGUACUUGGAGUUUAAAAAGAGUAAAGUACGUGACGGUGAAGCCAAUGAGGUUAAGGAGUACAAGAACAUUCAGGGAAUUUUGGAAGGAGUACAGUCUUACUUUGAUCGAGCCUUGAGCUCGAUCUUGCUCUAUCGCAUUGAGCGUCGACAGUAUCAGGAACUUGGACAGAAGCAGAUGGACGGUGUGCCGCUCUCACAGAUAUACGGCGCUGAACAUCUCCUUCGUCUUUUUGUGAGAUUACCAAUUCUGCUCGCAAGUUCCAACAUUUCUUCGCGCGAAUUGCUUCAGAUUCAGGCACGUCUCAAUGACUUUCUCAAGUUCAUGCAAAAGAAUUCGGCGGUGUGGUUUGUCACGGAUUACGAAACGGCAUCGGACAAGUAUGUGGAGCAAGCUACAGCAGCACAGUAUUAA